AUGCUUCCCAGCGCCUCGCAGGAGAGACCCGGCCAUAGAGCAGGAGAAGUGGCGGCCCCUGACUUGCUGGAUCCUAAAUCUGCCGCUCAGAACUCUAAACCGAGGCUCUCGUUCUCCACGAAACCCACCGUGCUUGCUUCCCGGGUGGAGACUGACACGACCAUUAAUGUUAUGAAAUGGAAGACGGUCUCCACGAUUUUCCUGGUGGUCGUCCUCUAUCUGAUCAUCGGAGCCACAGUGUUCAAAGCGUUGGAGCAGCCUCACGAGAUUUCCCAGAGGACCACCAUUGUGAUCCAGAAGCAGACGUUCAUUUCCCAGCACUCCUGUGUCAAUUCGACUGAGCUGGACGAACUCAUCCAGCAAAUAGUGGCAGCAAUAAAUGCAGGGAUUAUACCUUUAGGAAACACCUCCAAUCAAAUCAGUCACUGGGAUUUGGGAAGUUCCUUCUUCUUUGCUGGCACUGUUAUUACAACCAUAGGAUUUGGAAACAUCUCACCACGCACAGAAGGGGGAAAAAUAUUCUGUAUCAUCUAUGCCUUACUGGGAAUUCCCCUCUUUGGUUUUCUGUUGGCUGGAGUUGGAGAUCAACUAGGAACCAUAUUUGGAAAAGGAAUUGCAAAAGUGGAAGAUACAUUUAUUAAGUGGAAUGUUAGUCAAACCAAGAUUCGAAUCAUCUCAACAAUCAUAUUUAUACUGUUUGGCUGUGUACUCUUUGUUGCUCUGCCUGCAAUCAUAUUCAAGCACAUAGAAGGCUGGAGUGCCCUGGACGCCAUUUAUUUUGUGGUUAUCACUUUAACAACCAUUGGUUUUGGCGACUACGUUGCAGGUGGAUCAGAUAUUGAAUAUCUAGACUUCUAUAAGCCUGUCGUAUGGUUUUGGAUCCUUGUAGGGCUUGCUUACUUUGCUGCUGUCCUGAGCAUGAUUGGAGACUGGCUCCGAGUGAUAUCAAAAAAGACAAAAGAAGAGGUGGGAGAGUUCAGAGCCCAUGCUGCUGAGUGGACAGCCAAUGUCACGGCCGAAUUCAAGGAAACCAGGAGGCGGCUGAGCGUGGAGAUUUACGACAAGUUCCAGCGUGCCACCUCCAUAAAGCGGAAGCUCUCUGCAGAACUGGCUGGGAACCACAACCAGGAGCUGACUCCCUGUAGGAGGACCCUGUCAGUGAACCACCUCGCCAGCGAGAGGGACGUCUUGCCUCCCUUACUGAAAACUGAAAGUAUCUAUUUGAACGGAUUGACGCCACACUGUGCAGGCGAGGAAAUUGCUGUUAUUGAGAACAUUAAGUAG